UUCACAUCUGAUUGAAUGUGAACUCCUUUAUCUCUUUUUUUUCUCUCUCUCUCGUUUGGAAAAAGACAAAGUUAUUCAACUCUCCUGCAACUCUCAUCAAACAACAUUGCAAUUUUUUGAAAAAGCGUCAAUUUUGAUGAAUUUGUAUUGAAAAGUAUACAUAUUUUAGUGAAUGAUUAUAGAAGAAGAAGAAUGGUAGCAUUAUGUGGCGGCAUAUCCCGCGACACAUGGGAUGGUCUCUCCUUCUUCCCCUGCCUCUCCGACCCCGCUCGGAGAUCGACAUUUUGCUUGAAAGUAGCACUGGUGAUGCUGCACCUGAUCUAUGCCGGUGUUCUAUUUGAAUUUGACAAAGACUUGAUUCAGAAAACCAAACAAGACCCCUGGUACACGACAGCGUAUUUGCUGUUGCUUGCUGCUACACUGGCUCAGUACUUCAUCACCUCUGGUUCUUCUCCUGGCUAUGUUCUUGAUGCAAUGAGGGCUGCCAAUGAGACAGAUGCAUCACAUAAUAGGACAUCAAUAACCUCAAACCAGCCUGCUUCAAGCAAAAAUGGCAGUGUAGUUAUUACGAUCGACAGAAACCAGUUAGAAAAGAAUCUUCUUGGGAGUGGUACAACAACAUCUUGGGCAAAGCUAGUGAUGGAUAUGUAUCCUCCAGGAACAUCUGUUAGAAGUGUGACGUGCACCUACUGUAAUAUUAUGCAGCCUCCACGAGCUAAACAUUGUCAUGAUUGUGACAAAUGCGUUCUCCAGUUUGAUCAUCACUGUGUUUGGCUUGGCACAUGCGUAGGACAGGGUAACCAUUGCCGGUUUUGGUGGUACAUUUGCUCAGAAACAGCCUUGUCCCUUUGGACUGGCACUUUAUAUAUUCAAUACUUGAAGUCUCACGUAUCAAAGCUAUGGUGGUCAUAUGCAAUUGUGAUAUUGCUGUUAGCUGCUUUAUCUAUUUGCCUCUUCUUUCUCCUCCUCCUCCUCCUAUUUCAUAGCUAUCUUAUUUUGACAAAUCAGACCACCUAUGAGCUCGUUAGACGACGGCGCAUCCCCUAUUUGAGGAACAUACCGGAAAGAGUUUUUCCAUUUAGCAAAGGAGCAUGCAGAAAUUCAUACGAGUUCUGCUGUGCUCGGAGCAGCAUGUACAGGAUGGAACCACUGCCAACAGCACAAGAACUUCAAGAGAAGUCAAGACCCUAUACAUGCUUGGAUUUUUUUGCUUGUCGGUGUUGCUGUUGAUCACUUCUGCUGCAGCUGUGAUUGAAAUCAAAAUUUUACCUCGGUUGUACUGGUAUGAAAGUCUAUGCUUUCUAGGAGUCUUUAUCUCUAUUAGAAAUUCUUAUACCAAUAGGAAAUAUAGAGAAUUUGUAGUUACUUUUCGUUUUUUUUAUAUUUUUUGUAAUGAUGGCCUGAGAUGAAUUUAAAUGGGGAACAUGGUCAGUGAGGAUUCAAAUAGCCAACCCCAACUUUGGGAUUGAGUCAUAGUUGUUGAUUAUACCAGUGUGAAAAUUCUUUGUCAACCAUUGGUUUGUGGUAUCAAUGUGAUGAUACUUACAUAAUUUCACCUUUA